UUGCAAAGCUAGUGAGCCAUGGGCUGAUCAGAGGAAGAGCGCCAGUCCUUACCUUACCCGAUAUCGCCAAUUUCUCCUGCCAUGAACGUGUGAUUGAUACAAAGCAGCAUGGAUUCCGAUGCCAAGAAGUUGUAGAGAAGGACUUUGAUUGUCACGCAUGCCUCGGUCCUACUCGGAUUCCGACAAUAACUUUCUAUAUGUAUAUUUCAUUGCUGAAUUGUCCGACAAGAACACGUACCAGGACGACUUUCUCGCAAAAUCUUGAUUGUCAAUUCCAGAAAUUGCAACUCUUCGUUUGAUCUUAGCUGUCCGUCGCCUGAGCCAACUGCACAGCCCAGCCUCUGACUCAGCAAGUCUCGUUCGUCUUGUUACAGAAGGAUUCAUUUGCUGUGUAGGCCUGUGAGAGCGACUGAUUGAGCCUUGGGCCUCAGGUCAAGUCGCCGGACUCGCUGAUCAAAAGUAACCGUGCGAGCCUGUGUGAUUGUCUGAACAUUUACUCACCCUGGACCGGACGAAUUUCGACCUACAGUUACAUCGCUUGUUGUCAGGCUCUUUCAGCAUGGACUAGCUUGACUGCUCGAUUCUGUGCCUUGAAAUUGAAUUAUGGCGACCCUAGUCAACUACGACGUGACAACAUUCGAAAAGCCAAAGCCCAACAAGCGUCGGCUGCAAGAAUUGCAACAUUCCGAGGCCAGAGCACAUGCUGCCCGGGUCGCAUACUGGCGAAAAAGGAACCUUUCAGUAACAAAAACAUCUCAGCAAGUCUUCAGCGAGUUCGGCCACCAAGAUGUCUCACCGGGUACAUCCUCCGCAUCGGAACAGGACUCACAGAUUUUGCCCGGAAACACCAGGGACAAUUCACCUGGGUACAAGCAAGGCCUCUCCCCGCCUGGUUUAACUUUUGUUCAUGAACAUAGCAGCGUUCUAGAAUCACAUUCCAGUGCAGGUGGAAGGAGAGAGCGCCCUACAUCAUCCUCACAUCGGAAGAGAUUAUCAGCCACAAGCCAUCAACGCAAUCGCUCAGAUGACGAUAGUAACACUCAACCCGUGAAGAAUAUGGAAGCGAGUCGGCUAGGAUAUAUGGGUCUCACGCAAAACCCGAACUACCUUUUCUUUGAACCCAUUGACUCACUGCGAAAUCCUCGAAGAGAGGACGUGGUCACAGCGGUACAACAGUACCUCAACACUUGGACACCGGGACAGAAGCCCGGCUUAAGACACCAGACCAGAGACAAUCCGCUUAUUAAAGAGGUGUUCUACUCGGCGCUACAGAAUCUCGAACUCUUCGAAUCCAUCAUUGCUCUGAUGACGAGCUUCAAGGCCGCAGGACACAACUUCCAGAGUCGACUAAGUAAUGUUUCUCUCUAUCACAAAGGCCGGGCAUUGGCAGGCAUUCGUGCUAAACUGGGGUCCGGAUUGGUCGACGAGGCCGUCAUGUUAUCGACUGUAUUUCUGAUGAUCAUCGACAACGUUUUCGCGGAGUAUGAAUCUUAUCGUGCGCAUCUGGAGGGUCUUCGGAGGAUGGCAACGGCCAUGCCGAAUAUUGACGAAACGCACUAUGCUGGUGUGCUGCGGACUUUUGUUUCUUGGGCGGAGUCCAAUGCAUUGCUUUUAUUCGGGGAUAGCCAUACAAGAGGCCCUUCUGUGGCCAUAAUCACUGCAAUGGAGAGUCCGCCACAGCGUAUGCCAGAGAUAACACCAAGAACGAUGGCUGCACUCACGCCUGGAUUUAGAGACAUAGCCAGGAGAAAGGAAAUCUCGGCCCAACUUAUCUCAACACUGGCUGAUACAAUUAGAUGGACAAAGUGUAUCGACGACCAAUCUGCAUGUCGCACCGAUGAUGAUGAGGAGUUCCUAGCCAGAUUCGACCCUCGUCUAAAUAAUGCCAGGAUCAUGAGGCUCUCGUCGUGUCAUGAAACACUGGAAAGGGCAAUUGGUAAAGGACUUUUUCUAUACCACGCUAACCUGCUGGGUUGGUCAUGUCGAUGUGCUGUAUACCGAAGUACACUCUUCGACCUCGCUUCCAUACUCCAGACGAACAAGCUGGAGACCACUGGACAUCGAGAACUUUGGAUAUGGCUGGCGUUUAUCGCUGCGAACGCCGCUAGGAGAGGCAGGCUUGAGCAAGUACAGAACGAGAUAUUGGCCAAACUCACAACUGGCGUGGACCAGGAUUGGCCAUCUGUCAGUACCGUGCUUGGGAAAUUCCUGGUCCACAGCAAGCUGGAAAACGAGUGGAAGCAGUGCUGGGAGCUGGCUAGCAUGGUGUAAAGUGUGUAAGAUUACGAGUGAGUGGUAUGGCUCUUGGCGAAAGGAAGCAGGGGACUGAAUUGCCUCGGGGGAUUUGAUAUGCAUCAUAUUUGGCAGACUGGCCUCGGUCAAACUUGCGAAGCAUAUGAUUAUGGCUAUCUUUUGUCUCAAUAAUGAUUAAAUGAAAUGUGUUGUACUCGGUGUCGAGCGAAGAAUCGGGUCAUCGGAACCACGUUUUUCCACUCCGUAGGCAAGGAGGAAAGAGGCCCGUCAAUUUAAUGCUGUACAACUUUGUGUCACUGUC